AUGGCCCCGAGUGGCAUCAUCGCUCCUUACCUGUCCAAAAAGGGGCAGCUCCAGUGCCAUAUGCCACGCGUUGCGUGGUUGAACCUCACCUCGCCAACCUCGCCAACCUCGCCAACCUCACCCUCUGGGCUUGGGGGGCUGCAGGACCUGGAAUUUUCCCACAGAGCUGAGAAGACUGAAGUGUUGAGCGAAGAUCUCCUGCAGGUGGAGAAGCGCCUGGAGCUGGUGAAGCAGGUGUCCCACAGCACCCACAAGAAGCUGACAGCAUGUCUGCAGGGCCAGCAGGGCGUGGACGCCGACAAGCGCUCGAAGAAGCUGCCGCUGACGACGCUGGCCCAGUGCUUGAUGGAGGGAUCUGCUGUGCUGGGAGAUGACUCCCUGCUGGGGAAGAUGCUGCGGCUGUGCGGGGAGGCCGAGGACAAGCUGGCACAGGAGCUCAUCCACUUCGAGCUGCAGGUGGAGAGAGACGUCAUCGAGCCCCUCUUCGUGCUGGCUGAGGUGGAAAUCCCAAAUAUCCAAAAGCAGAGGAAGCACUUGGCAAAGCUCGUGCUGGACAUGGACUCCUCCAGGACGAGGUGGCAGCAGUCCGUGAAGUCCUCGGGCCUGGCCAGCAACCUGCAACCCUCGGGCGCCAAAGCCGACGCUCUCAGGGAGGAGAUGGAGGAGGCAGCCAACAGAGUGGAGAUCUGCAGGGACCAGCUCUCGGCUGACAUGUACAAUUUUGUGGCCAAAGAAGUAGACUAUGCAAACUAUUUCCAAACUCUGAUCGAGGUGCAGGCCGAGUACCACCGCAAGUCCUUGGCGCUCCUGCAGAACGUGCUGCCCCAGAUCAAAGCCCAGCAGGAGGCGUGGAUGGAGAAGCCCUCCUUUGGGAAGCCCUUGGAAGAGCACCUGGCUGUCAGCGGGCGGGAGAUCGCCUUCCCCGUGGAGGCGUGUGUGACCAUGCUGCUGGAGUGUGGGAUGCAGGAGGAGGGUCUGUUCCGAGUGGCUCCCUCGGCCUCCAAGCUGAAGAAGCUGAAGGCAGCCCUGGACUGCUGCGUGGUGGACGUGCAGGAGUACUCAGCUGACCCUCAUGCCAUCGCAGGAGCCCUCAAGUCCUACCUGCGAGAGCUGCCGGAGCCCCUCAUGACGUUUGAGCUGUAUGAGGAGUGGAUCCAGGCCUCCAACAUCCCAGAGCAGGAGAAGCGGCUCCAGGCUCUCUGGAACGCCUGUGAGAAGCUGCCCAAAGCCAACUACAACAACAUCAGGUAUGUGAUUAAAUUCCUGGCCAAGCUGACCGAGUACCAGGACAUGAACAAAAUGACACCGAGCAACGUGGCCAUCGUGCUGGGGCCCAACCUCCUCUGGCCACAGGCAGAAGGGAACAUGACGGAGAUGAUGACGACCGUGUCGCUGCAGAUCGUGGGCAUCAUCGAGCCGCUCAUCCAGCACGCCGACUGGUUCUUCCCAGGAGACAUUGAGUUCAACGUGACAGGCAACUAUGGCAGCCCCAUGCAUGUCAACCACAAUGCCAACUACAGCUCCAUGCCCUCCCCGGACAUGGACCACGCCGACCGCCGGCAGCACGACCAGGCACGGCGGCCCCUCAGCGUGGCCACGGACAACAUGAUGCUGGAGUUCUACAAGAAGGAUGGCCUUAGGAAAAUCCAAAGCAUGGGCGUCAGGGUGAUGGACACCUCGUGGGUGGCUCGCCGAGGCACCUCCGCGGGACGCAAGGCAUCCUCCGCCCCUCCGUCCGCCCAGCCCCCCGCGCCGCCCGCCGAGCUGCCCCCCACGCCCCACUCGCCCAUUCCCGAGCAGUCGCCGGAGAUUUCAGCCACGCCUUCCCCGCCUCCCACCAGCUUCGGCUUCCCGCCGGGAACCGAGCGGACAAGCACUUUCAAGCCCCCGGAGCUCUCCCCGGGGCCGCCGCCGCCCCCCGCCCCCGCCCCGCCGGCCGAGCACAGCCCGCACACCCUGCGCAAAGGGGCCAAGAAGUUGGCGCCCAUCCCUCCCCGGGCGGCCGCGGGGGAGCCGGGCGGGGGGCAGCCCUCCCCCGCCAGCCUGUCCCCGACCCCCCCCAGCACCCCCUCCCCGUACGGCCCCCCCGGGCCCCCCUGCCCGAGCCCCGGGCAGCCCCCGCCGCCGCCGCCCCCGCUCCUGCCGUCCCCCGCCGCCGCCGCCCCCCGGGCCCGCCCGACCCCCAAGCCGCGGCCGCGCCCCACGCUGCCCCCGCCACCCUUGGGGAUGCCCUGGUUCCGGGGCCCCCAGGUCAGGAUGCCCCGGUGGGGGAUGCCCCCGAGUCGGGAUGUUCCUGGAUCAGGAUGGAAGUCCUUGUUUGAGAUCCUCUGGCUCAGGCACCCUUGA